AUGAUUUCCGUCACGAUCAUGCUUGCGUUUUCCAGAAUGAACUACCAAUGGGAUGAUUAUUUCAGCACUGCAAAUUCAUAUAUCAAAGUAAAAAGUCCAAAUCAAUUGUUUUCAAAAACAAUUGAUCUUAAUUUUUAUAUUACUCAGUCAACUUUUUCAAAAUUACAUAAUAGAGCGAUCUACAUAUCAUACAAAGAUGGACCACUGAUUUUGGUUGAAUCUGCAUCAAUAAUUGAUUGCUCAUCCUCAGAUAACAACAAAGGAGGUUCUAUUUUCUUCGAUGGUAAUAGUUUCAUAUUAUCUAAAUGUUGUUUGUUAAAAUCUAAUAUGUUUGGUACGAAUAAAGAUGGAACUGCGGCUUAUACUGAAUGUAAAAAUUCAAGUCAAAGCAAAAACAAUAUUUUACUUUCAAAUGUGUUUCAGAACGCAGAUCAAACAGACAACAGCGGAUCAACACUUAUUUUGCAAAAGGGCUCUAUUCUCUUUAAUUAUUUAAAUUUCACAGAAAAUAAAUGCAUAUCCUCUGGUCUAAUCACCAUGAUAGGUAACGAUAGCGCAUGGAUAAACAAUACAAACAUUAUAGAAAAUAACGAUGAAGGAAUUGCUGGUGUUCUCGAAAAUGUAGGAUUUUAUGAAUUUUUACUUAAAGAUAAUGUAUGUGCAGCAGAUGAUGGUGACAAACUUAUGUUUUCAUUACCUAGUCCUGAGUUUUAUUUAUUAAAUUAUGUAGUAAUGGAUGAAACUCAUGCAAAUGUGAUAGUUUCAACUGGAAACGUUUAUUUUGGAGAUGGAUAUAUAUGUGCAGGUAUUGCAGCAAAUGGAAUUAUCUCUGUUGGAACCGCCAAAUUUGCUUGUCCCGAUCCGACUCCAACUGUUGAAUUACCAGUUGAAAAUAAAUGUGCUUUUUAUGUGAAUAAAAAGGCUGAUAACACGUUUGAUGAUAGAAGUGGAAAACAUCAUGUCGGAUUAGUAGCCCUUCUUGGUUAUAGUUCGAUGAGCUAA